AUGGGUCGCAGAAAGAUUGAGAUCAAAGCGAUCAAAGAUGACCGCAAUCGCUCCGUCACAUUUUUAAAGCGAAAGGGUGGCCUCUUCAAGAAGGCGCAUGAACUUGCUGUUCUUUGUUCCGUCGAUGUCGCCGUGAUUAUCUUUGCCCAGAACAAGAAGCUGUACGAGUACUCCUCGUCGGAUAUGCCAGAGGCUCUCGCCCGCUAUCAAUACUACGGCCCUCCACACGAACACAAAGGUCCCGAAGAUUUCGCGGGUAAGCGUGACGAUGACGAUGAAGAGGAUGAGAUGACCCCCGCGCCAGAGGAUCUCCAGGCAGUUCAGCAGAGUCAUGCCGUCGUUCCACCACAUCUUCACCAAACGGGUUUCCAGCACGUCAACCACGCUCCCUCCGCCUCUCCUCCUAUCCCCAACGGACUACCGCCGCGACAUGGCACCCCUCAGUCACAAAAUCUCUCGCGCCCUUCAUCAAGAAACCACAUUCGCCGUGUCAGCUCCAAUCUGGGUCCGCAUCAACACGGAACCCCGCCUCCUCCCCCUGCUCCCCAAAAUGGCUUCGCAUAUAUGCCCAACCCUUCCAUGUAUAAUCCCAAUAUCCAUUCGGCAAUGGGACAGCCGCGCCCUGGCCAAUACCCAGGAUAUGGUCAUCCUCCACCGGGUCCGCAGGGGACACCGCCUCAGACGAUUCAUCACCCACAUGGCCUUCCCCCUCAGCACGGCGUCCCCCCUCAGCACGGCCUUCCCCCUCAGCAGAUGCAGCCUCACCAAGGUCCUCAGCAAUUCCAACAUCCACAUGCUGUAGCGCCACAACCCAUGGGAAUGCCACCGGUAUCUCAUGCACCGGUUCAACAGGUCCCCCAAGUCUAUAUCCCAGAGCAAGGCCGGGCAUCGAUACCACCAACAUAUGCACCCGAGAGCCAGCAGGAAAGCACAGUACCCGUUUCUGAGAGCUCGCAGGAUGCCCCCAGCGGCAUCUUCACACCAAUUGACGAUCGUGGGUCCAUGCUUGCUCGACAUUUCGGAGGAGCUCCAAUGUAUGAGUCUCCGCGAGAUCAAAAAAUAGAAACCUCUCAGGAAAAUUCGCAUAACCUGAAACCUCCAUCUGUUCCCCCGAUGAGCGCAGUGUCAGAACCUCCACGUCCACCAGCCAUGUCAUCGACGCCAGAUAUCAAACCCCCGUCGCGAACUAAUAGUGGAGCACUCACGUCCAAAAGACCACAAUUAAAGGUGCAAAUUCCAAGUGAACAUUCUGAUCAGGGGAGUGCAACUGCGGGAUCAUCUUCCCGGGAUUCCGCUGGGAACAACACUGGGACUCCCGCCAAGGAAAAUCCUCAGACAGGCGUCGUAUUACCGCCCCCAUCACCUUCAGCAGGGGCAAUACUCAGUGCUGGCGCCCAGGGACCUCCCAAUCCAUUUGCUAGGCCCCCACCCCCAGUCGCUGCCUCGCAGGGUAAUGCAUACGGCAACAGAGGCGCCACGAAUAGCAACGGAAGCAAUUCAAACAACAUCGAGACACCUCUCUCCGCCCUUCCGAGUCGAUACAUGUCAGAUCAUCUCCUUCCUUCGCCAUCCAGCUUUUUCUCCGAAUGGGGCCUCGGCCGGUCGGGCCCGGAUUCCAACUUACUCCCCAGCCCUCUCAGUUUCCCAACUCCAGCGGUGCAAAGCGGUCCUAGUUUCGUCAGCCAAGACGAACAGGACAAAAAGCGCAAGAGCCCUGAUAGUGGGUCUACGGAAGAAGGAGCAAGCAAAAAACCAAAAACAUAA